CCAAGCCUUCUUCAGGCACCGCCAUGUCGGAUUGAGUGACUAAGCAGUGUGUUUUAUUCGAAAAAGUGAAAGUUCGGAGCUGUUUAGAAGUAUGAAGAUUUCUGUGAAGACGCUCGACUCACAGACAAAGGUUUUUACCGUCUCCGAAGAAGUAAGCAACGCUCUUUUAUUUGAUAUUUAUACGUUUAUUUUACACACGUACAUUUCUUUCAUGGUAUUUCGGGAGGUUCUUUGUUGAACUGAAAUGGAGUUUAAAUUGGUGUUUUUAACAGCGCAUCGUUGCUUUGUAAGCUUCCAUCUGUAAAUACCUAUCUGCCCUUGCUGCAAGGAAACUCACACUACGUUGUAUGUGUAUAUACAGGAAGCAUCGAAUAACAGUCAUAAGCUUACGUUGUCAGUCGCUUGCUAUAUGGAUAUUUGUAGCAGAUUAGUAAUGUUCCUUCAAGGAAGUUCACUUUCAGUUUUAUCUUUUAAGACUUUCCGCACUGCAAAGCAAGCAAGUUUGUGUCUUUCCCCUUUUCAGCUUUUUGUUAAUCGUUUAGUAGUUAGUGACGCCGGUCAAAUUAGCUCAAAGGGACCACUUAAUAAUUUCACGAAUAAAUUAAAUUAAAACUUAGGGUGGCCGUCUCUCGAAGGUCCAAGAAAACGUGAGCCACCAUGCAAUACCAAUACCCAGCGACCCAUCGAUCAACUCCUUUGACAUUAAGUAGAACACAUAAAGUAGAACAGAAGCGGUUUUUUUUGGAGUGGUAGAGACAGGAGACUUCUUUACAACCAGCUCCGAUCCUGUGUUUUGUUUUUGCGAUUUUGUACAGCUGUAGGUCAUGUGAUAUUCUCAAGGGAAUUCACCUUUUUGUCUUUUCAUGAAUGAUGCAUUAGGAGAAACAGUUUUCUAGACUAACAUCAUAUGAAAAGCAUUGGGAAAAUAAAACUGUGGUUAGGUUUUCUUUUAUUGCAUAGGCAAUAUAUAGAUUUAGCCAGGGCUAAAAGAGAAUCCUCCGUUUCUAUACUUAAGAUAAAAGCAAUCAAAUUUAAACUAAUGAACUCUAAGCCAGAAAAAAAAGAAAUAAGGAGUCUUUUGGCAUCAGUUCACCUUUAGAGGUAGCCCGCGAACAGCAAACGUAUUUCCGGUCGUCGCUUCUGAAAAAUAACGUAGAUCUGUGAACAUGAGGGACAAAACGAUUUCCAUGAUGUAAAACCUUUUGUUUUGAUAUUCGCCAAUCAGAUCAAGGAAUAAUUAUAAUGCAGCUCUAGUGACUCAUCACCACCUCGCAUGCUGGUAUGUCUUGGAUUUUGGUGAGAGUUACCAAAUACGAUUUGGAACAUGAAUUUCACAACUAUAACAAGGUUUCCUGCGAUGUUGAAUACUGACUUCUUUGUGAAGCAACAGCUCCUUAAGCUAUGUAUGUGAUGUGGGCCUUUGCUUUCACGUUAAACAGUAUGGUAGUACGUAACAUAACAAAACCUGGACAAAAUAAUCGCUACAGCAAAAGGAAAAUAACAUAGCUUAAUUAUAUCUGGCUCAGACCCGUGAUUUAUUUCAAUUGAACCAACGCUGACAAAAGGUGGUGAAUCAAUUGUACAGACACAUCCUUGACUGAUUAAGAAAUCUUUGAAAAAUAACACUUGCGAACAUGAGUGACAAAAUGAUUUCCAUGAUGUAAAACCUUUUGUUUUGAUAUUUGCCAAUCAGAUCAAGGAAGAUGACUUCGACUUAUCUUACAUUUUUUAAGAUCCUCACGUCCUGAUUUUUUUCCCUGACAUACAUGUAUAAGAGUUUAAGAUUUUUUUCUCAGCAUUAUAUUCAUCAUGAGCAAUAUUUUUUUCCAGUGCAGGAUAUUAUUGUUCCCACGUACAGUGUAUAUCCUUGCAGGCUUUUCCCCCUCGAAAUCAGUCUGCAGUAUACUUUUUUCUGAAAUCACCCAUUCGACCUCCUCAAAAGUCAAAUAAUAAUUGUCAGCCACGAAAAUCCACCAAGCAUUUGCUCAGUAGAUAGACUCUGAUUUGUCAAUCAUUUCUGAUUGAUUUGUCAAACAUCCUAUAAAGUUGUUCAAUCAAGCUAAGAUACUUUGAACUUCCGUCUGGUCGUAGUGGUCGUCAAAAGCGUCUGCCGUCUGCUUAAGUUUAUUUUCCACAUAAUAUUUUAAAUGUGUUUGAAGAACAAAUAUUUUGAAUGAAUAAUAAUGUAAAAUAUCUUGUAAGCCCUUGUGGUUGUUUGAUAGAACAAAAACUGUGACACGUAGCUCACUUCAGAAAAGAGUGAUAGCCUGGUAUCCAAACUAAGCGCGUGCUUAUUUAUGGUAUUGUUGGGGGGACAAGUUGAGCAGCCACCUUGAAUAAUUAUGAUGAGACAUGCAAGCCGUUGUGUUUUUUGUGCACAAGUAACUUCUGGAACUUCCUGGUCCACGCCUACAUGUACAACUGUUCUUAUCUUUGUUUUGAUGAGAAAUGCAAGUUGUUGUGUUUUUUGUGCAUGAGUAACUUCUGGAACUUCCUGGUCUGUGCCUAUAUAAAGUCUUUAUUCAUCAAAAGAUAAAAAUACAUAACUUUUAGGGUAACAAAUUUUAAAAAGGUCAAAAGUAAGAAUUAAAAAUCUAGUAUGUUACAUGGCUAAUUCAUAUUUAAAAAACUAAACGGUUAAUAAAAGAGUUUUUAAAAUGCAUAGUGUUAAUCUUAGGAUUAAAACAAGUUUCUUUCCUAAGAUUGUAACUGGACGGUUGAACACGAGGCAUAAUAGAUAAAAGUAGAUCUCCUUUACCAUUAGAAAAUUUCUCAAAAUUUUGUGGCCUUGCCUCUCUAAGAAAUUAUCUAGUUCUUUCCCUUAUGUCGUUUCUUACAUGUUAGAACUUGUUUUGCUUGUGUGUCAUAAGUGUUACAUUGUACAAUAUAAUGGUUACAUGUAAAUGAAAUCAGGGAUGGGUUGUUCCAUUAAAGAGCUACGAGCAUUUCUGACCAACAAGUUGCAUUAGAUGCAUUGCAAAAGUGACAAUUUCCCCCAGCAUUCAUGCCUUGAAGCAAACUACAAAAUGGCAUGUUUUCUCAACUGAUGGUUCCCUAAUUUUGUCCUUCACCUGUCAAGAGAUACUGUAUCUAAGAUAAAUGUAGCCUGUGUAGCAGUCAUUUCUCUCUCCUUUAAGUCAAGCGGGAGAAGCAUGUGAGAUGCCCAAAGGUAUUUGUCAAGAAUGCAGAAAGCAAUCAUAAAACUAGGAGCAGGGGAAGGGCAGCCUGGGGUUUCCUUGUGUUUGAUCAGAUGGAUGAAGAUGUAGAUGUUACAGGUCAAAAUUAAAUGGUGGUUGAAAUUUUUUGACCCACAAUCUUUGACAAAAUUGUGAGGCGUACUCAAAUAGGAUGACUUCAGAAAACAAAAGAAUCCCCCCCCCCUCUCCCCUCCACUCAAAGUAGGGGUGUUUUUCGUUUUCUAUAUGUAGCUUGAACGGCAGCACAACAUUGCAUGGAGGGGAUGUCAGUAAAACAUCAAUUUAGACCUGUAACAUAGACAUGCAUAGCAUGAGUGUAGAAAUCUCCUUUCUUUUCUUUGCUUUCUGCAUGAAACAAAGCAAACAGGGACACGCAUGGAAUAAAUUACUGUAAAUGAAUAUUUACUGCGCUAAGAAUGUUGUGACAUGUAUUUUGUUUUUUGUACUUAAAAAAUACAGGCCACGGGCAUUGCAGCAAUUACACGUGCAUAAAUUGCGCGCAAUAAUUAUGGCGGAUUUCCAUGUAAAAUCCACACAAAAAACUUGCAUGUGAACUUUUACAUAAAAGGAAAUAAUACCUUAAAUAAACCUUCCUUUAUUCAAGUGUUAUUCUUUGUUUCUUUAUCAGAUCACUGUGAAAGAAUUCAAAGAACACAUAACAUCUGAAGUAGUAAGUAUCACUAAAACAGUUAUUACUGUCCAAGUUGGAGCAUUAUUUUUAUGAUCAAGAAAAUAUUUUCUACAUGCAACUACGGCUAGCAAGUCCUUGCAGGUAUCGUACGCCUUGAAACAGAAAGGUUCCUGUGCUUGGUAAAAAAAUAAUGGCACUUCUAUUUAAAAUAUAUAUGGCACAGUUUUGUGUUGUUGUUUUUAAUUCUGAAAUAUGUGUAAAAUAUGUAUGCAAAAUUAAAUCAAAUAUCUUGCAAAACCUCUGUUUUUUUUUCAAAACACGCAAAUUCACCCUAUCGUGCAGCCAAAAAAAUUGAUAAGUAUGACAAAAUGUAGAACAAUGAACAAGAUGUUUUUGGAUGGCCAAAAUGCAAGAAAUAUUUUUGAAGACACAUUUUUGAGCGAGCUUACUGGCUUACAGCCAGUAACACUGUAUGCUAUCAUUUGCGUAAGAAUGAAUGAAUGAAUGUAAACUAAACUAAAACUAAAGUAAACAACUUGCAUUUUGAAAAUUUCAUCUUAUGGUUAUUGCGUGACAACAUUUGCAUGCUUUAUAAUCUUGGAAAAAAAUUACAAUGGUCCCAGAACCGUAUCUGUAAAAGUUUUAACUUUAGCUGUGGCCGCUGAACCAACCUUUCGUGCCAUAAAGCACUUACAUGUAUAGCACAUCACAAACAGUGACAAAAAGUGCAUGUGCAGGUAAGAAGUUGGUACACAACAACAUGACUGCCUUGAAGAAUGAAUUUGUUUUGCAAGCACGUGGUUUUUGUACAGACUUCAUUGCCAGCAAGCUCAUGUCCUCUCGGAGGACUAUUUUUCAAGUUAUCUUAGGACCAAAAUCAGUUUUUAAAAAAAUUCAAGUCCGAUACACUUUAAAUAAUAUUAUUUUAUUUGUUAGAGCUGUGUUUAAUGAUAUUGUUUUACUCCCUCAGAACAUACCUGCUGAUAAACAAAGACUUAUUUUCAAAGGAAAGGUCUUACAAGAUGACAAAAAACUUUCAGAAUAUGGUAUGAUGCUGUUGUUCUGCACAUUUCCAUGUACAAUUAAUUUUAAUUGAUGUAACUUUGUUUUUGAAAUCAAACCUGACAUUUCCAGAAUAAUUUUCUUUUCAUAUACCGUAAAAUUCCCAAAAUAAGCCACAGGGCUUAUAUUUUUUCAAAGGCCCUUUUUGAGGGGCUUAUACUCAGAGGGGCUUAUCUGUGGAGGGCAAUUUGCAUUUCAAAAUCAAUUGGGCUAGCCUUAUAGGUGGAAGGAAAUUUACUGUUUUUUCUUUGUUUUACUUUGUAUUUGAGGGCAGUUUCCAAGUACAAGCCCCUGGGGGACUUUUAUAUUUGGAGGGGCAAUUUAACGGAGGGUUUUUGCAGUAUGAGUUUCGGGGGCUUACAUUUGGAGGGGCUUAUACAUGGAGGGACUUAUUUUCAGAAUUUUAUGGUACCUCACUCUCAUUCCAAUUUUUCUUCAACAAGCCAGUUCAUUGCCCUUGACGUCUAGUGCUCAAAAAUUAUUUCUGAACCAAUUUUUUUAUAUGACAACUGCAGUCAAACCUUCACUAUUGGCCACCUCUCUGCAAUGGCCACUUUAAUUUCUUCUGUCCCCAAGGUGGCUGUUGUAGAGAGGUUCAACUGUAAUCUCUUUUCCAAACAAGUGUCUUGGAUGCAACAAUUGGGUUUCAAGCCCUCUAUACGAUGUCUACUUUAAUUUCAACUUGAACCGCCACCUGGUUAGCUCAGUUGGAUAAGCGUCAGUCUGCCGAGCGGGAGGCCGCUGGUUCAAGUCCCAGCCGGACCAACACUCGGGGUCUUUAAAUAACUGAGGAGAAAGUGCUGCCUUUGUAAAGACAUCUGCAAACGGUUAGACUUUCUAGUCUUCUCGGAUAAGGACGAUAAACCGGAGGCCCCGUCUCACAGUCCUUGCAUAUAUAAAUUCUGUGGGGCGUUAAAGAACCCACACACUGUUUUCGUAAAUAGUAGGGGACGUAGUCCCCGGUGUGGUGGUCUAUCUCUCAUGGGGGAGGGACUGUUAUGGGCCCGCAGUAAUUGGCAUCAUGCUGUUGCAGUGACUCUGUCAAUAAAAUCAUUUUUAGGUAAGAUCCUUUGUCAGGUUAAACCAGAACCUCAGAAGUUUUUUUGUUUGCUCUACAGUGUAUUUACUCAGGCAUGCAGGAGACAAACAAAAUAUUUGGUUUGACCUUGGAACAGACUUUACCUACAUGAACAACAUAUACAUGCAAAUCACCUUUCACUCUCACCACUUUUUUUGUAAAGCCCCUUAGUAUUGAUGUCAGUAAAUGUAGUUGCAUUGCUGAGCACAUAUUUUCUACAGAACUGAUGUUGAGAAUUUAUUAUAAUCUGAGUUGUUACAUGUAAGAAGCGCAAAUCACCAUUUGCACAUUUGGGGAGCAAGGGUGGCACAAUGGUGAGAACACUCGUCUCCCACCAAUGUGGGCCGGGUUCAAAUCCCGGCGCUGACGCCAUAUGUGGGUUGAGUUUGUUGUUGGUUCUCUCCCUUGCUCUGAGAGGUUUUUCUCUGGGUACUGCGGUUUUCUCCUCUCCUCAAAAACCAACACCUCCAAAUUCCAAUUAGAUCUGGAAUGCACUGACACAUUUAAACGAGUUCACAUGAACCCUUAAGUGCUUUGUGGGUAAAAAAGCAAUUUACAUUUUUUUUUUUUUACAAGUGUUUGAUCAAGCUUAAUGUGGUACAGCCAAACUUCUUUUAAGCAGCUACCCUCCGGAGAGAGAGCGUUUCAACUGGACAGUCAAACCCCAUUAAUAUUGACACUGAGUCCUGAAUCCCUGUGUUUACAUUUCAGGUGCUGAUGGUUGUGUGAUUCACCUUGUUGAAAGAAAACCUCAAACGGGGGGUGCAAGCUCUCAAGGUUUGUUCAUUUUCCUCUCAAUUAUGAAUUCCUCUGAAGGCACACAUUAACAUACACUAAGGAAGGAAUACAUUAACAUACACUAGCUUCACAAAUUGUAGUAAAUAUGUAAAUAUGUAAAUAUGUAUUGUACACAUUCAUCGUACCCAAUUAGUGGGUAAAACAUGCAGUGUACAUGAACAGCUUUUUAAGUGUGUAGAGAAAGUUGUGUCCAGCAUCCUUGGGCUAGCUGAUUUUGCAGUUUGACUUGAAAAUACAGGUACAAGAUUGAUGGAGAAAUAUUUUUUGUGGGAUUUUCUGCUUUUAAUUUUGUUUGUGUGUGAUUUGUGUUAGAUGGUACCAAUGGAUCAAGCACCUCUACCAGUUCAUCUUCUCAGGGAGGUGCCUUUAAUCCUCCCAACAUUGUAAUGGGAGCUUUCUCCAUGCCAGUGGAUGUAGUGGGAGCUACUCAGGUAUGUGACUAGACAUCCAUCUCUUUACAUGUAAGCAAUUUUCACAAGCAAAUUGUUAUGUUUGUGUGAUCAGACAGACUGGUAAGGAAAGUACAUCUGAGAGGCUGAUGUGGCCAUGUGCUAAAGAAACUUUAGGCCCAGUUCAAAUGCCAAGCUUUUCAUGUACUGAACUCAAUACCUAACAUUUAUAAUAGCUUUUGAAUAGUUACGUAGCUUUUUGUACUAAGUCCAUAAAAUGGUAAAAUAAGUAAAUUUUUCAUUUAACUUUGACUUGUUUUAAAUAUAGUUAAUAGUUUUUAAAUAGUUAAUUUUUUUUAAAAUAAGACUCUAGAUAUAAGCAAGCGAAUAUGAACAUUAAAAACCGGCGUUUCGGUAUCAUCAUGACACCAUUCUCAAGGCAAAAUGAAUAAGUAAUGCAAAGAUUUGAUUUCUAUAGUCUCUACAAAUUAGCAUAAUAACAAAGGAUCACAAAUUCUUCAAGUGAAUACCUUUGCGCGAAUCGAGUCUGCCUGCACGUUUAGGGAUGGUUUGAGUUUUCUUAUAUUAACCACAGUUAAAGUAUCUGCACCGGCAAAUUUUGCAUAUUUUUGCAUCAUUUUUAGUGGUUAUUUUAUGGAUACCAUCUAUAUGUCACUACAUUGACAGUAUUCCUCAGUUCUUGAGGAACUAGAAUAUAUCAAAAUAAACUAUGUUAUGUCACCCAAAAGGUGUUAAUUUAAUUACCCCCUAGGGUGGCACGGAAAGAGAAAAAUCAAAAUGUCAGAAGAAUCCUUAGAGUUAUUGUUAAAGAAGAAAUGUAACACAAAUAAGGAUGUAAGAUAGAAUAAUUCUGUGUUUGACCACGACACAGCUCCAAUUAAUCCACCCUCUAGGGUACAAUUUGCUUUUUUGUAAUUUGGUCCACAUUUUGACAUCAAUAACUCAGCUGUACGGCAAUUCUAACCUUUGGUCAAACACAGAUCUGUUCAUUAACAUGCUGUUUGUGUAUUUGCCAAAUUUCACGAAGAAAUAAUGAUCCAUUCCUCCAAAAAACUGGUUCCCGUAAGUCAAGGUAAAUCGGUCACACAGUAAUUAACGCUUUUCCAGUGUAAAAAAGCUUAUUUUCCUCUCAAAAUCAACUGUUCUUGCUCGAUACUACCAUCACAGACCUUCUUGCCCGCCAUUUUGAAUCACCGCUGUGUAAAAUGUUCGUGGAAGCCUAAGAAAAUGCCAAAUGACUUCUCUAUAGCCCCCUUGGAUUUUGAUACGUGACCAGUUGCUAGGUGUGAUGCAUUUCUGGAAGAUGCGUUACUCAGUGUCAGCUGUAAUGCAGUGAAGCGCACCGAAGUAUGAAGAUUCAAGAAGAGUUUUAUUCAAAAUUGAAAAGAAUUGCUUCUGUAAAGUGAAAGAAAUUGGCACAAAAAAACAGACCAGAGGAUUAGGGGCCGAGAAAAUGUUUUACUCUCCCGGCAAAAUUGUCAGAAUAUAUCAGGUGAGAAGACACACCGAUGUAAUGUAAAUUUAAAAAAAUAAUAAGCCCUGGAAAACGGAGUAUAUUUCAAGAACAUAACAAAUAUUGACAAGAAGCAAAUAAUAUUACUCAUCACAGCUUUAACAGAAGCAAGAAAAAUCAAGUUGACAGCUGCCAACUGACCAUAACAUGGAUGUCCAUAAGGAUGUCCCCUAUCAAGUUAAACACAGAUUGUAUAAUCUAUACCUUGGACACCUAGCUGGUAAUGUCCAGUCAUUACAAGAAAACAGCCAAUUUUUGCACAAGAUUCAGCACUUAAAAAGUUGAAAAAGUUUGAACAGAGUUGUUCCACAGUCAAAAUUUCCAUGUGGGCCACUCAAACUUAAUUCACGGAUUAAGAUCAAUGUUUGAACUGUACCUUAAUGUCUAAGUUUUACUUUUUAUUGUUUCAGCAAAUAGUUCAGAGCUUGGUGAAUCAGCUUGGUGUAGACUCAGCCCAUGCUAACAUCAGCACCUCGUCAUCUGUAAGUAUCAUAGUGGGCAUCAUUUGUUUGAAUUUUUCAUUGUUAGUAGAUAGCUACACGUGUAACUUUGUUUCUGAGCAGAACACUUUCAUAACCUUGAUGGAAUGAUACUCUACCUUAUCAUUGUCUUCAGCUCAGAUUAUUUUUACUCACUCUAUAGAAUCAAGAUUUAAAGUCAAUACUGAAAUUUUGUUGUGUAAAUUGCUUGAAAACAAAACAUGUAUUGAAAAAAAAAAGGUUUUAUCUGAAUGGUCACCCUUGUCAGACUCACAAGUUACAACUGUAACACUGCACUUCCUUUCUUGCAGGAUGAUGGGUCUUCAGUUAAUGUCCAUAUUAACCUUCAAGCAACAACUCAAGUAAGUGGAUUUGCCAAUUUAAUACAAACUAUCCAAACAGUGAUGAGUUUUUUCGGGGGUAUGAGUUUCAAGAUGACCAUUAAAUGGGUCAUUGUUUUACACAUGAAGGUAAACUUUUCUUUUUGAAAGCCUUGUCUAUAAUAUAAUAUAGAAAUCUCUUAAUUCAAUGUCUUUAGGUUUCAACAACAUAAAACACAUAUCGUAAAAUCCCUGUACAUGGUGUACAGUGUGUAUGGUUGUGUUUUCACUAGGACAAUUUUAACUAGAUAAGGCCGGAAAAGUCCGGAAAUAGAGUGAAAACACCUCGUCUUGGUUUUAGCUAAUUAAAAAAUGCCAGCUGUUUUCACAAGCAAAAACAAGGAAUUUUCUCGCCUUGACGAAUGGAAAUUCACGCAGAGUUAUACUACCUCGCAAUACUUGUCCUGAUAAACGCCGUAGCCAGUCGGGUCUCACGUAGUGACAGAUGCCUGCCAAAUAAUCUGGUAAUGUUAUUUUCCAGACUGUUGGCAGACAAUUCCCACUGUCAUUUCUUUCGAUUUACAAUGCCACCGAUCCCAUUGGAUUAAACCAAAAUUGUGGUCUUGGAUAAACCCACAUAGUCUUGCACUUAUCCCACUUAUGGCACUGAAUGUUGUUUCAUUGUUGGAUUGACAGAAUUAAAAGAUUUUGUCACAUCUUCCUCAUUUGUAAGGACAUAAGCCUCAUUUCCUGAAUGAAACUCCUUCUCCUUCACAAAAAUACAGCGAAAAUAAUCACAAGAGAAGUCAUUACAAGCACUUCGUCCCCUUUCAUUUUUAAUUAUGGCACGCUAAUUGCAAUUUGAAUCCUCUGAAUUAGUGGCUUAGAUUGCCGGUUAAAUUUCACAGUGAAAACAGUUGUCAUGUUUAACUAGUAAAAGUCUGUUUGUAAACAAAUCCUAGAAAGAAUGUUCAGCUAGUUAAUCGCCCUAGUGAAGACACAACGUAUGUUGUGUUUCAAUUAACGCGCACUUAUUAUUUAAAAUACAUUAUACCCUGCCAAUGCUCAGCCACAGUUUUAUCUGGUUUCUUCGAGAAACAUUGGGCUUAACUUUCUUAUUCUUUUGUUAUGUCUUUGUUAGCCUGGAAAUGAUGUGUCCCAGAGAAUCAACAGGGCAAGGCAUUUUAUAAGAAAAGCGUCCUCUUGUCUUAAUAGGACUGAGGUAAUAAUGUUAAUUGUUACUCCAUGUAGCAAUGAACUUUGAAAAAGUUUCUAUUUAACAUCAGUCUAUAUUUUGUUUCUGUGUCAAAGUUGAUGUGGUUCAUGUAGUUUAAAAUCUGAGACACCAUGAAUAGUUAGGGUUAGAAGUAACAUAUCAAGCGUAGACACAGUGUUUCAUCACCAGACGAAACACCGAGAAGAGAGGUAAAAAUAUGAUGCGCAGCAGAGUAUUUUUGAUGAACUUCAAGGUGAUUCAUCUGGUGAAGAAACACUUUGUCGAAUGCUUGAUAUUACUUCUCAAAUAAAUUGAUUUUAGCAGGAGAAAUUAAGGAUGCAAAAAUGACCAGUUUUUCGUCUGAAUUCCAAACACUCAUUAAAAAUUAAUUCAUUUUGUAUUAUCCUAUGCGUUAUUUAUGAGUUUGAGAAUACACAGUCAAAGAAAAAUUAAUUGUGAUUCAAACUAGUUUGAAGCCAUUUUAACCUGAAUUUCAUUCUGACCUAUAAGUUUUAUUUUAGGCAAAUAAAUGAACGUUGUUUCUGCUAAUAAACUGGAAGUUUUUCUUCCAAGGAACUAUCGACAGUUGUCAAGUUAUUUUGACACUUUGUCCUUGUCAUUGUUGGAGUUAGCUUCCAUUUUUAUGGAUUCAACUUGUAGAUUUUUUUUUAAAUAGCAUUGAAGCAGGUAGACCGAGUAUUUUAAGAUACCCAUGACAGUUGAUUUUGAUGCCAAAUUUGAACGACUCAGGCCAUGUGGCUUUGUUUAUCAAACCAAAACGGUGAACUCACAUGCUCACAUUCCUGACCCUAAUAAUAGGCCAAGUUGAAAAAUGGCAUUCUUGGUCAACCAAAGAAGGUGAAUGUAUGUUUGCAGAAACUCAGUCAUUGAAAGUCCUUUUGGUUGCAGCCUUCUACUGCAUUAUAACUCUGUUGUGCAAACAAGAAAGUCAGCAAUGAGAAAGGAAUGUGAUCACAAGCGAUCAGCUUUUUGGUUGUAUUUUGUAAAGAUCCCAAGUGACUUAACUACUAGUUAAUGUCUGGCACGAAAGUUUAGUGUUGCACAUAACUAUGAAUUUGCAGUCUACCUUUUUUGGUAGUGAGAAUGAUGUAUUCAUGUAAAUGUUACACUGUAACUUUAGGGUGAAGGUGUCCUUCCAAUGGACACUUCAGAAUCUUCUGAUGCUCCAAACACUUCCCAAGCUCAGGGUACUUCUGCUGAAGCUGGAAGAACACCAGCCCUUUCCAGGUAUGGUUGGCAAUGUGAUCUUUAGCCUGAGAAAACAGACGAUAUUUCGCAACGCCACCAUCGGUUUCCCCGCAAAAUGUUGUCUUAGAAACAAGCACAGAAAUUCCUAUACUGAUGACGUGUCACUAGCCAGAUCUGGGUAGUGUUUCUGAUUGGUCGUGCCACUUGUGAAAUUUGCUUCAACCAAUCAGAAGCACUACCCAGAUCUGGGUAGUGACGCGUUAUCAGUAUGGAAUUUCUGUGCUCAUUUCUCAGACGUCAUUUUGUGGGAAAACCUAGGUGGCAUUGCAGAAUGUCGUCUACUUUCCUAGGCUAUGUGAUAUUCAGUGAUGUUCGACUUUUUUAUUUCUUGCAUGUUCUCUCAGCAUUUUCUGGAGUAAAGUCAAAGAUUUUUAACAGUUUGUAUUUACUUGCUUCUGCUUUUCAGCCCAGCAGCAUUGGCAGAGAUCUUAAAAGAAGCAGGGGAGUCGAUGACAUCUAUACAAACAGCCAUGAAUCGAUAUGUGUCUCUUCUAGAAGCAAACACACCAGAGGUAGGUGUACAGACAACAUUUCUUUAUCAACACCUCUAUGCAGCACUCCAGGCUGCAGCUGUUUGGUCGUCAUGGCAACUAAAGUAAUUUUGGCAUCUGAAAUUUCAGUGAAAAUUACCAAUUUGGCAUUUUUUGAUUAGCAGUCGUAUGCCAAGCAGUUGGUAGUGUUCUCACCAGGUUCAAUAAAAAUGCUACGCCGUAAAUUUCAGUAUCCUUUAUUUGAUCCAGUACUGUAUUCCACUGAAAACGUUUUUACCUAAGAGUACCUCUUAGUGCCUACAUGCUCAUUUUGUUAUUCUUGCUGCAUGAUGUGUCCUCACAACUUUGUACAGGAAGAAUUAUUCUUUUUACUUACAUCCAUUUUUGUUUCUUCAGAACUUGGAACCUUCAGAGGAAACAUUGCCCGACCGAGUAGCUGAAGCUUUGCACAGUCUGAGCCAUGCUUAUCAUGCCCUGUCAGAUCUCACAUUCAAUUUCCGAGGUCCAGAACCGAGGAGACCAAGUGUCCUUACAUCGCUGUCUCCACACAUUCCACAAGUACCUAUGCUGUCUAGUUUUGUGGGGGCACCUCAGUUGGUUCCCACCCAAUCAGCAACAGUAAGAUUACAAGUUGGAAAUUAUUUAUUUUAUUAAUUCCUUCUGUACUUCUGGCUCAAGAGUAAUAAUUAUUAGUUAGUUUACUGGCAUAUUUUUGCUAGGAAGAUUUUUCCUACUACAGUAGCAAAGUAGGAUUUUCCGUAGCUCUUUUUCAGUCCAGUCCUUGUACUAACCAAAAAGUUAAAAAUAAAGUUAGGAAAGACCUAACCAUUUUAGCAAGUGACGUCUGUUCCAAGGAUGAUUUCCUUGAUAUUUACACAGAAACUGGCCAAAAGUGGUGUCUGUGACAAGUAGAACCAUUACUUGAGUUUCAGACAGAUUUGACAAACUAAACGUGAACAAAAUCAUUUUGUUAUCACAUAGUUCUCUUUCUGGCUUAUGAAGUACCAAAAAAAAAUUAUAGGGGUAUGGAUCCCACCCCAGUAGGUGUCUACUACACCCCUCUGGAUUUUCUGUUUUAGCAACAACAGUUAACACUUACCUACAGGUAAGGCAAACACUUCCCUGUACCCACUUUUCUGGAAGUGAUAUUUUCUGCACAAAUGUUUGGCAGGUUGCUGGUAGUGAGGAGUUACCUUCUGAUCAUCACAGUGCAGUUUUUGUGUCUUUUCUUUAGAAUCCUCCUGUUACAGCAUCACAGGCUACCCCAGCUGCAGGAUCCCUACCACAGGGAACCAACCAGAACUUGCAAAUUCAUGUCAAUCCCCAAGGUGGAAUCUCUUUGACCACCAUCAUAUCAAAUGUUUCACGUGUGGGCUCUACUGCUCCUGCUAGUACACAGCCAUCCUCUUCAACAACAUCCACUAGUGGGUCACGGAUGAGUGCAAGUGCAGAUAAUGGGGCAGCUAGAGAGACUUUCUCAAGUUCAUUUGGCGAGCAGCGAUCUUCUGUGGGUACAAACACAAAUGGCAGUAGUUCUACUCAGUCCACACAGACUGGACAGCCUAGUGUACGGACUCGUAUCAUUGUUGAUGAUUUCAUUGCAUUAAUUUCAAAUGUUCCAGCAUCUGUUGCUGCUGCUGCAGCAGCACAGGGACAGGUCCCCCUGACAACUCAGGCUGGGACUCAGAACCAGCCCCAGGUGCAAGGACAGGGUGUGUUAGGCACAGCUUCCCCCUCAGGUCAGUCACAACCCCAGCCAUCUACUCCAGUGUCAAGACCUGGGGUGCCACCUGCACCAACAGGACAAGCCCAACCAAGACCCCAGGGAUUACCAGGUGCACUGUCCAUGAAUGUUAUGUCUGGAAUGGGUGCAGCGAAUUCCAAUCACCCUGACCCAUCCUUACCUUGCCAGUCAUUUCAUUUUGGACCCCAGGCACAGCGAUCCCAGACUGAGCAAGCAAGCCAGCCAGCUGCCACCACCCAGCCAUCUGCAACCACCACAGCUGCAGCUACUGCUACUACCACCCAAUCUCAAGCUGCAGAACAAGCUCCAACACAAACUACUGCUCCUGUCAACCCACCACAACCACAGCCAACAACUGAACCAUCAAGACCACGGCCAGAACGAAGAAGUAGAGGUACUACACUGAUUUAUACUUUUACAGUCCAGUGGAGUGGUAAUAUAAUAGCCCCUUUCUCUCCCAAACACCAUUAUUGAUGAAUGGUAUCUUUCACUCACAUUAUUGUAAUUUUGUGGAGGUAAUACCUUGAUAAACACCCCAUAAUAAACACAUUUUUCCAGGCUUGUUUUAUUUCCACUGUAACCAUAGUGGUAGUAGCAAAACAAGUUUCCACAGAAUUCCCAAGUAACUGCUCCAUUACUACUUUUGAAUUAGCUGUUACUACAGGGUGGCCACUCUUUUCUGGUUGCUUUAAGAUAACUGUAAUCAAGAUGCCAUUACCAUUGUAGUUUGAUCUAAAUGACUGAGGGCAAAUUAAAGGUAUCUUGUGAUAUGAAGUGUCAAACUACUUAAUGGCUCAUGUGUCUUUCCAGUUCGUGAUCGCACAAUAUCUCCUGCUGAUCUGCAAGGAAUACUGGGGAUGAUGGCUCAUGAUCAACGCACUGGUGCAAGAGGAAUGCCAUCAUUUCCUGCUGGUUUAUUUUCACCAAGAAUGCCAAGCCAAGGCCCAAGGGUACUUGUACUUACACUUUUCGUUAUUUAAAAAAAAAUUAAUGAUAACAGGGAGCUCAAGUAAUUAUGAUGAAGAUUGCAAUAACAACCAAGAAAAGAAUACAGCCGAGGCUCUUGUAAGCAGCUGCGGGAAUUUGAAAAAGUGGUCGUAACUAGAACUGGUCACUUGCGGGAAUGAGCUCUCAUAAGCAAGCACAUAGUAAAACAAUGAAGGGUGAUCCCUUACAAGAGCUUCAGAAACUCAUUAAUAAUUCGUAAAGAAAAACCAAAAGAAAUUAAUUAGUGAGUGUCUUUAUAUCUGAUAUAAACACAGCUAAACUUUAUGUCCAGUUUUUUAGACCAAAAUAACCCCAAGAUCUCUAUCAACAAACAAUUAACAUUAAAGGUUGCGACUGCUUAGGGAGUGGUCACUUACAAGAGCUUUUCAUUACAAAGUUCAAGUCACAGUUCAAACAGGGUUUAACAAAGGUGAUUGUAACCUGAUCUGGUCACUUAUGAGAGUGGUCCCAAGGAGGGCUUUGACUGAACGCUGUAGGUAUACAGAGCAUCAGAACAGCUCUGUACAUGCAUCAAGCUUUUUGGUAUGUUCUUUAGCAGUCUGUCCCCGCAAGGCUGUGAGGUGAAAUUUCCUUAUGAAAACUUUAUGGAGGAGAUACAUGUAUGGUGGUUACAUGUAUGUUUGAAUAGCUUUCACAAUAAUGUUGGUGGUUUGAUGGAAUUUCUAUUGCAUUGUCAUCCAAAUUUGUCACAUCCAUUUGUUUUCGACUGCCAGUUGAAUUGGCAUACAUAUGAAACCAACCACAUUCCUUUUGGUAAAAUCAUGACAUUUUUCUCACUGAUAGAUCACAGCAUGUACAUCCUUUUUUAGUAUUUUAAAAUUUUACUCCAAUUCUUUUAACAGUCAAGAGGUUCAGAUGCAAGGAGAGCCAUGAUGGACUUCUUGGACCAUGUGAUGUCAGAUCACAGUGAAGGAAGUUAGUGAGCUGCUUUUGUUGAUUAAUUAUGACUAUCAAAAUUAUUUCAAAAUAAUGCCAACCAGUGUUUAUUUUAUUCAGACUCCCAUUACUGGUUGCUCAAUAGGUGGCUGUUGAUGGAAGUUCAACUGAAGUUGCAACUAUGGAGUCUGUAGACAAAAUCCUGUGAUAUGGCCAUUCAUAUGCAACCUCUUCAGCAGCACUUUCACAUGGUGCUAUUUGUAUCUCUGUAUUUUACAGCAUGAAUGCAAUUUCUUUCUGUCGUUUGCUUCAGGCACUUUUGGACGUGAAAUCAAAGAAAAAAUAUUCACAAUAUUGUAUUUUAUCUUGUAUUGAAUUCAUUUGUCACUGAAAAGCAAGCGGGAUCAUUGGAAAAUACUUCUGAAAGAGUUUCAUUUGAAUGGUUACGUCACAAGGUCUCAUUCACAGACUUGAGAUUUUAGGGUUCCAGACGUGACUUCCUAAUUAAUCUCUGGAAGUAACAGGGCUAAAACCGACACUCCAUAAUAACUUUCUGAAUCAGGAGCGCCUUGUAUUAAGGAGGUUGUCAUAAAUUACAGAGAAGAUAACGUGGUAAAAAGGACACAUCUAACAGAACAUUUUUUGUGCUAACUAUGUAAAUUCUGGAGACUACUUGAUGUGGACAUUUUGCAGAUUAGUUGAUGAAUGUUGAUUGUGUUUGGGUCUUUGGGAGUUGAUUUGAUCUGGAAUAAAAGCUUGCCCAUUAUCUUUUUUUUUUUCUGACUUAAGAUAAGGAAAAAUAGUUGGACUCCUGGAAAUAAAUCAAGGCAGUAAACCAUUAUUUGUAAAGAAAUUGUCUCUUGUUAGGUCUUGUGUCCAGGGCCGAGUUGUUCAAAGCUGGGUUAAGAUAACCUCGGGUUAGUGCGAGAUUUGAAUUCAGAUUUGAAAGCUUACAAAGCAUUUCAGUUUUAAUUCUUUUUGUCUACAAGUUGAUGACGGGAAGCUCUAAAAAUAGCACGGAAAAUUGUCCGAGAAAAUGCUUUUGAACACAAGAAAAAGAAACCCGGGUUAAAUUUAACCCCGCGUUAAGCGCUAAUCGGCCUUCGAACAACUGGGCCCAGAUGGUUAAGACAAUUUUCAAAAUACAAAACAUGUUACUUAUGGGUUGGUUGGUUUGUUUGUUGUCCUUUCAGCCCAAACACAAACAAUACAGUCGCUGAUCCAAACCAUGCGAUCAAGAGGAAUAGAAAUUCGUGACGAAGAGGGUAUGUUCGUCGUUGUUUUGUCUUAUUUAUGAUGAUUUGGAGUAUAAUGAACUAUAUCUAACCUUGAUGUUCGGGAUGUAUGCCAUGGGUGCUACGUAAUGAUUCGAUUUAGCGCCCUCCUUCCAAUAAGCGCUCCCCUUCGAAGGUGUUUUAGUUAAUAAGCGCCCCCAAUCUGCUAAGCGCCCCUAUAUUAGAGUACGGGAACGUAUCAACCGAGGUUCAUCUUCCUUUAUUUGCUCACAAACGAACGGUAAUACCACAUUACAAAAACAGUGGUCUUCGUCUGAGUUUCUCACGUUAACUGAACAUUCACUGUAUAUUUGUUACUGUUACAGUUUCUGUUAUUGUCCCUUUUUUAAUAAAUAUUAAAGUUUUGCUUUGAGCAUCCGGUUGUUUCUCAAAAAAGAAAUAAGCACCCUUUGUCGAAUAGGCUCCCUCCCUUGAGGCACCAAAAGUAAAAUACAUAAGCGCCCCGGGCGCUAAAUCGAAUCUUUACGGCAAUUACCAUUUACGCAAACUAACGGGGGAAAUCUUGGGACGUUCCAUUUUUAUUCGUGUCCAAACGAAAAGCUAUCUGUAAACGAAGCCUUCAUCUUAUAAUUAUAUAUUUGUUUUCUUGUACUAAUUAAUUAAUUUUAUCUAUAUUUGAAGGACUGGUGUCAGCCCUCUUUCAGCGUCUGACGGCUGUGUUGACACUUGAAGACAUGAUGGGUGUAGUAAUGGGUAAGUUGAUUAUAUGAUGUUCGCUCGAGAAAACAGCCGACAUUUCGCCGCGCCAUCACGGGAGGAAAGAACGCAGAAAGUCGACACUGGUUACCUGUCACUUCUGGCGUGAAAAAAGGCGGUCUUUUUUCACGUUUUCAAGUGAGGGAAGGCAAGCGUGGCGAAGCGGGCGAGCGCGCGAGACCCGCGCGACAGGGUAAGGGGUAGCGUGUCUUGCGCCCUCGCUCGCUUCGCCCUUGCCUUCUCUAGUUUUGAGAAUCGCGAAAAAAUAAUGCCUGUUCUGCAGGCUACGGCACUACCCAGAUCUACAAUCCUGGCCAAAAGGUUUGGGACACCUCCCCUUUUUCACUUGGUUUUGUAUGGAAUUUGCAGCUAACUUGCGAUACACACUCAUAAACACGGCCUUAACAAGAUUUUUCCCCCACCCUCCUAAACAAAGUUGAGGUCCAUAAAGUGUACAAGAUAUGUAAAAGGUGUUUGACUUGUAACACCCAACACUGUUGAGGGGGGGAGGGGGGUCAACUUGAAUUACAUUUUCGUCACCUAAAACGCAAAGUGUCCCAAACGUUUUGACCAGGAUUGUAGGUAGUGCUUCUGAAUGGUUGAAGUAAAUUUCACUCGCGCCACGACCAAUCAGAAACAGAGAUCCGCGAUUCCCUGCACUUGCAAAUUUUAUCACUUGUUUGCCCCCCUGAGAAACCACGUGACAUUGCUUUUAUCCGAUCAAUCCUAAAGCGUUUGCAAAGAUGGCGAGUAUCGUGAAUACGAGGACUUUAACCCAUUCGGUCCUGGAAAUUUUGCCGAAAAACGCCUUUUUAAGUUAGUCGAGCGGUUUUCUGGUCACUGUCGUGCUAUAAAGAGCUAAAACGUACCAUCAAGCCAUUUACAGGUCGUACACUUCGCGACCUUCUGAUCCAGAUGCAAACUGUUAGCUUGCGAAGUUCGGGCUUGCGCAGAAUCUUGACUUCAUUUUUUGACUUUUCGCUUUCUGUCCUCCUCUCUUUUUUGGCUUUUCUCGCCUCAUUUUUGUUUCUCUUGCUGGGCAUUUAGUCGGCUUUAUUUUGGCGGGAAAAGAUUUUAGGAAAUUUUUGGAGUUGUGUGUAGGUGGUCGCACAUGGAGAUUCGAUUGUAAGAAAGUCUUUACAUCGCUGCUCCUGUUUUCAUUGUUAGGUUCAGAGGAUCCGUUUGAACAGAUGCUGCCAGGACUGAUGUUGUACGUUAAAGAAGAUCUGCUGCGUGGACAACCAGACACUAAUGAAAACAUUAAGGUACGAUAUUCAGCCAAUGAAUAAUGACUUUUUGGGGAUAUUAUUAUCAUUGGUUCAAAAUAUUUUGCCAUUUCUAAUGGGCUCAAACCCCCGGCUUAUUCUUCUUAAACUGGAGGUAAGCAUGUUUAGAACUUUGCAAUAUUUUGAAUGAAUAAUAAAGCAUUUAUUAAAUUCAUCUUUCUUAUGAUGUGAAGAAUUAUGCAGAUCUCGGAGGCUGUUAUCCACCUCUGUAUUCGGUCUCAUUUCAUAACAUCCUCCUCGAUUUGCAGAAUUCUUCACAUCAUACUACGCCUCGGUCAAUGAUUGGUAAUUAUCUUAAGACGCUUUACAGUUGUCAGAACUGACCGGCCAGACCAUUCCCGUCCUAAUGAGAAUUUCACUUUUAAUCAAAACUAUCCAGCCAGAAAUGGCAUGCACGAAGGAGAACGUUUUUCAGCAAAAACUCUUGGGAAAAGCUUAUUAGUCCUUUAUCAAGAACCCUGAAUAGGAACCCUGAAAGGAAAAAUCCGUUCCCAGGUUAAACCAGAGGUCAGCCAAAGUAUUGUACCAGGGUUAAAACCCCAUUAAAAAGGGUAGAGCUCUAGUUGACUCUGAAAAUGGAAUUCAGGUACAGCAUAGACAUCGUUAAUGUACUGUUGUCCAAUUGAUUUAGUUAGUUCUGAUUUCCUUUUUUUCGCAGAAAGGAGUGGAGGAAUUGUCGAAAGAGAUCGUCGAUGGCAUAGCUGAAUCGUUGGUAGGUUACCCCUUUCACUCCACUUCAAAGCUGAUCAUAACAACGUGUAUUGCUUUUUCAUGACAAUAUUUCGGCUGGCCAUACCAGCCUUCUUCAGGUUUACAGAUGUUACUCCUUUCACUGCCAGAGUGAACGAUGGAGUCUCCUAAGUCUGUGGACGAACUCCUGCAUUGUGACCAUUUGAAUGAAAUCCUCUUCAGUAGUACUUUCACACUGGUGUAGUCUCCCUGGCAGCCGUUUUUGUCUCGUCAGGCAACGCUCCGCCCCAAGGAGCGUUGCGUGACGAGACAAAAACGGCAGCGUGGGAGACUAACGCUGAUGAUGCUUUUCAUUUAGUUUGCAGUUUUGACUUUUGAAUCAGUGGACAAAAUCCCAUGGUGUGACCAUUCGAAUGAGUCCUCUUUGCGAGUACUUUCACAUGGUAGUGGCGGUCAGGGGAGGGGCGCCCCCCGCCCCUUAUUUUUAGACCAAACUGAGGCUCAAAGGGCUGCAAAAAUUUUUUUGGAGACCUUCCCCCCCGCUUAUCUAAGGGUCUAGAUGACCGCCCCACCCCCUCCCCCCUAAUCUCAAGGUAUGGAUCCGGCACUGCAUGGUGCUAUUUGACUUUAAGAUAUUUGGACAUUUUGUCAAAUUUUGGUCCUAAGGUCACUGUUGGGAGCAAUAGGUUGAAGGGAAUAGAUCGGUUCCCAUCAUUAAUAUCAAAAUGACUGCUUCAAACUCUAGAGAAACACGAGAAUUACAGAAAGGCUAAAUGGGAGCACGAAUGUGCAAAAGUGAAGAUGAUUAACUGCUUAAGAUGCGUUUUAAGUGUAAUUACAAGUAUCUUGACAGACAAUGUCACUUGAACUUGCAGAGGACUGUUCCAACCAAAGACAACAUCGACAUCACUGCUUCAGCUCAGAGUUUUCUCGAGAAUUACAUCAGAUCUGCUGUGGAUUUGGUAUUAUCGUCAGGUACGUCCAAAAAUGUACUUGAUAUGCAGUCUGCCGUUAUUUUCACCUGUGUGUGUCGCGGUUAAGUUGAUGAGCCGCAAACAUUUGGUUGAGAAAGAAGUUCUGAAAUAAAACAACAAGUUUAUUCAGUAUUACCAUUUCUAUACGUGGUUUACCGAUUGAAAUACAAUAAUGAACAAAGAGAGUCAAGGAAAUACAAAUAUAAUUGAAUGAUAUUAUUAUUAUUAUUAUUAUUAUUAUUAUUAUUAUUAUUAUUAUUAUUAUUAUUAUUAUUAUUAUUAUUAGUAUUAGUAUGUUUCUUUCGUCUUUCGAAUGCUUGAAAAACGAAAGUGGCCGUUAGCCUGCUGAUAUACGAAACAGUAUUGUUGAAAAGGAAACAGGCUUUAUCAUGGUUAUUGUAAUUUUAAAUAACGUAUUUUGUUCAUUGACUUUGAUAAAAAGAGUCUUAGAGACAAAAAAUUGCCUCUAAAAAGGGGAGAAAAACAAUAGAAUUGGGUUAAGUAAAAGGGAAGUGAAAGUCUUCACAGAAACCUUUUGUUUUGGAUGUCAAGGCCUGUCCAAGACGACGAACUUCAAAUGUACCAAGUAUAAUGCCGAGUUAUAUUUCAGAAUACGAGAAAAAAAAACUUUAAUACGGAAUCCGUCAGAAAAUUGAUUAAUUAUAAUUUUCAGUGGACAAAACCCUUGUACCAAAAUAAUUUAAAGAAAAUCGCAUUCUUUUUUCACACUUUCAAGGGCUACAGAUGGAAUUAGUUAUUUGUAAUAACACCAAAGAAAAUUUCUCAUGAGAGCCCAAGAAAAUAAAUGUCAUAUUUCACAAAAAGACAUCUUACACAUGCAAUUUUAAGAAUUUUACUUAUGUUUUCACAAUUCUGGUGAAAUUUGACAUUUGUUUCCUCGGGCUCUCUUGAGAAAUAGUCUUUGGUGUUAUUACAGAUAACUAAUUAUAUCUAUAGCCCUUGAAAAAUGUAAAAAAAACAAUAGUGUUUAAAUUAUUCUGGUACAAAGUGUUUUUCCAAUGAAAAUUGAAAUUACUCCGUUUUCUGAUGGAUUCCGUCUUAAGCCAAAUCGCGUCCUCGAAUUCGUUCUCGUCCUGGCCCCAGUUGUUCAAAGGUUUGAUAGCGCUAUCCAACGGAUUAAUCACUAUCCCACGGAUAAGUAUUAGGGAAACCCAUUGCGCUAUCCAGUUGAUAGUUAGUUAUCCGAUGGAUAGCGUUAUCCACCUUUUGAACAACUGGGACCUGGACUCUAAAGGUCUCCAUUUAGUGAUUUGAAGACACCCUGACCGGCUCCCGCUUAUUUAGACAUACCGUGUUAAAGGAAACCAAGGCGAAAGCCAAAAAAUCAAUGAUGAUAAUGCUUAUCACCUAAAAAGCGGGGUAAACGUCUUCCACUGUACUACUGUUUGUACAGUUUUUUUGUAUUGUUGUUCACUUCCUUGCACCUUGUUGUACUCAACAGACGACAAUCCAAGAUUUGCUGAAUACUUUCAUGAUCACAUAAAGACCACAGCUGCUGAGUUCUUCACACUGUUAGUGUUCUCAUACAGAGAUGGCUUUGAUGGAGUGGAGCAAGUCGUGAGAAAUAGAGUGGUAAGUGAAUACCUCCCUGUGCAGACACCUCCCCUGGAAUCAAGUUUUAAUUCAUAAUAAUGUACCGUUAAAGGAGCCCAUAACCCCGAGAGAGCAACUCCCAUACUAGACCUAUGUCACGGCGUUUUCACGGACCGGUGUAUCUUUCGAUACAUGUUAGAGUACGUUAUCCCAGGAAAGUGGAAGCUCCGCUCCGUCUGUCAUUUUUAGGUCUGUAGGUUUUGAUGGCUAGUUUGCGGGAUUGAAAAAAUAACUGGCUGGUGAAAACGCCGUGUCACAAGUACAUGAUAGUUGCCCGCUCCGGAGUAUGGGCUCCUGAUUGUUGUCAUCACCAAUAUCAUCAUCAUCAUCAACAUCAUCACCAUGAUCAUCAUCAGCGUCAACAUCAUCAUCAUCAUCAUCAUUGUCACGGGCUGACCUGCCCGUUUUAAUAGACUCAAUAUUGUACCCAAUAUUCUACCCAAUUCAAACCCUUUGGAAUAAAACGUUUUGUUUCAGGAGUUUCCACAUUAUAAUGCAAAUGCAAUACACAAAGAAUCUUAACCCCGGGAGAUUUGAAUUGGGUACAACAUUGAGUGAGCGAAAAAGGUCUAUAUGCCCGCCCAUCCUAAAGUCAAGCAUUAAUAUGUUUAUUACUUUUGACAGCCUCAGUCACCCCUGACAGCAGAAAUGGAUGAUCACUCCCGAGAGAUGCUGACUCAGUUGUUGCUAAGGAACAUCAGGCAGAUGUAUUACAGUAGAGCUUACUGUGAACCCAGGCUUCAGCGGUUUAUGAUCCGUGCACCGCCUCCUGAACCCACACCCCCCGCCCCUUCUAAACCCCAGCCCCCACCGAAGUCAGACCCUGAGGAAGAAACCGUUGCCGCUGACGUCAAAGCUGAAGUGGAUGGGGUAAGAAAGGAUUUGUGUUAAGAGGAUAACGAUAUGAACCUUUCACUUUAAGGGGCAUUAUCAUUACCAUUAUUACUUCUUCACUUUCUACGUAAUUAAAAUUCGCCUGAAUUGUGAAAACACGCUCCCUGAAAUCGUGAUGCAGAAACAGGCCAUAACCAGGUAGCCCAAAAACUCUUUUUCGAACCAUUUCUAACCAUUUAUACGGGCUGUUCUCGUCUUAGAUAAGACAUGCUCGUAUAAAUAGUACAGUUCGCGUCUUAUUUGAGACGCAUCUUAUGUAAGACGCGUCUUAUUUUUCGUCGUAUAAAUGGCCCUAUUUUUUACCCUGCGAGCAGGGUCUCUCUUGCAUGGUUUUUAGCGUUUACAAGCGACAGGCAAGCCACGCGAACGACUUUGUAAGCGUUAAAAGCCAUGUUAGAGAGAAACCACUGUUCGCAGAGUACUUAUAUUCAGUCUUCGAGGUGGAAAGAAACUAUAAUCAAUGGUUUUUUAGCGGUGUCUUAGCCACUCAAACGUGAAAUUGUCGUUACCAUGUUUUCAAAUUAUAGUCCACUUUCCCCUUAAUAAUCCUUUGUCUAUGACUCAUUUAAUCAGUCUUCUUGUUCAAGUAUCAGUCUUCUAGUAGUUCUGUUUCGGUAAUUCUGCCCCUUAAAAGACUUAAAAGUCUCUCAUCGUCGUUAGUUACGUCGAAUUUUAUGAAACUAUUUGGAUCGAAAAACAACUAAGAAAAGCAUGCAUAAUGUCCCACCUUUAAUGUAAAUAGCAGGGAUCAAUUUAGGUUUUUGGGAAACUGCCCACCCACCCCUCCUCUAAGCCAGCAUUAUCACUUAGUUCUCACUUAGGGCAAAACCUUGGCUUAGGGAAGGGGUAGGUAGGCAGUUGCCCAGAAAACUCUUUUUCAAAGCCUCUUUUUCCUCUUCUGUUUCUCUAUAUCAGAAUGUAGACGAGGAAAUGGACAGUCACGGCUCUGAUGAAUCCGAGCAUUUUAGUACUCCCCCUGGAUCGAUCGUAGCAGCGACAGAGUCGGAUCGGAUAGAACCAGAAUGUCCGGAGGGGGAGGAAACAAUGGAAGAAGACCACGGGGACGACGAAUGGAAAACUAUCAUGCCUCAGGUAUGUGGAUGUAUGACAUUAUCGUCAAGGGGAAUGCAAGAAAUCAAAACCCGAACGCGAGAAAAAUAAUGCGCCGCAACGUGUUUGGAACGCAACAUGUUUACAUGCAGGUGGGGGACCCCGGGUAGGUGAAGUUACCUGCUUUGUUGGGGUAACCCGCCUGUCCAUAUAAUCUCUCAUUUUAUUGUGAUCACGUUAACAUGAUGGGUGGGGUGACCCGCCCGCAUGUUACCUCACCUAUCUGGGUUCCUCCACCUCCAUGUAAACUGGCCCUUAGAUUAGCAAAACAACAACUUUGCGCGUGCAUCACACUUUUUUGUACAUUUCGUAGCCGUCGUUGCACAACUACGACGUGAAAGUGCCUAAUUUCACGUUUUGUCGAGGACCUGAAAACAAGACAACAACUUGCUUUUUUCUUUUCUUGAACUUUGAUACAGUCCUUUAGAAUUCAACCCCCCAAACAUUUGCCAACAUUUGACGAAUUAAACGAGAUGGAAUAAGCGCGAUAAAGUUUGAGGCAGCGCGAAUUCACUUUUUAAGUGACGUUUUCGUAGUCGUCGCCGUCGUUGUUCCUUGAGCUCCCUAAUCAGUAGAGUUGUCCGCGUAGCAGUGUUUUCCGUUUCAUUUAGCCAAGCAGGGGAAGUGCAGGAGACGCCCGAGGGCAAGGAGUGUAAAGGAGCAAAAAAUUGGGGGAAGGACCCCCGUUUCGAUUUCCUUUGAGUCAAUCGGGAGAAGCACAGGAGACGCGGGAGGUUACAAGGGGAAAAGUAGCAAAAAAUUGAAGUUCUUUUCCCACCCCUCCGCUGCUACUUUUUUUGGCUCACCUCGCGCGUAUCCUGCCCUUCUCCGGUCAAGCAGGGUAGAAGUAGAGCUCCUUAUCAAAAUUCAAUGAAUAUGUGUUAGCUAAGCAGGAGUUAGUUGUCCUGUUUGAUAAUUCAUCAACCAAGUUGAUUUGUGUCGUGUUGUUAAAAGUUAACAAGUCGUUCUCCUCAACAAUUCACCUUUUAUUAUAGGAGUGGAUACCCGUGAUCACCACAGACAUUGUGCGACAGAGAAGAAUGCCUGCUCAGGCACCUUUCAGUGAUGCUUACAUCAACGGUCUACCACCUAAGAGGCGUAAGGUAUGUGACCAUGCCCACAGAGGUUCGCUUUGUGAAACACUGUUUAGUUAACACGCGUCUUGUUCAAUCCCUUCUUUUCGCAGAUCACUCCAGUUUUUUUCCCUUUGUGAUCAACUGAAAAAGUGACACAUGUUUACUGAUCAAAUAUUGAAUUUACGUGUAGACUAGGGGAAACCCUACCGCGGCAGGACUAGCUAGUCGCGAGAGCGCUUCACUGCUGAGCGGGAGGUCGUGGGCUGGAUUCUCGAGUCCGGACCAAUACUAAGGGUCCUAAAAUACCUGAGAAAGGAAGGUACCACCUUAACCCUGCAAACGGUCGGACCUUCGCGUGGCUCGGAUGACCACGUUAUAUUGCGGUCCCGUCUCCAGUAGGAGAUUUCAAAAUAGUAUCCUGAACUAUUACUUUCAUGCUAAAUACAAUGUGAUUCAAAUAAGCUCCUUAUUAUCAUUUUUGUAAAUCCUAGACCGUUUUGUUUCAAGGUAGAAAUAAGCCCGUAUGUUUAUAGUGCUUCAGAACUCUUUCACCCCGCUUUGUUUUUUUUAUAUUUGUGGUUUAGUUCGCUAGAUAACGAGUUUGGUUGGAUGAGGGUUAACGAAGAGGUUUAAGAAUUUUUAGCGGAGCUCCACGCGCGGCGCGCGUGGGCGGAGCCCCAUAGCUAAAGAAAUGUGGUAAAUUACCCGUCCGAGAAAAUUUGGUAAUCACGGGACCGUACACCGAGCUAGCGGGCGGCCGUCCGUCCGCAUCCCCGUUUAGCAUUACACGAUUUAAUUUUUUUUGGUUACACGUAUUACAGAGCUUCGCUUUUAGCCCUGGCUAAAUCUAUAUAUUAUUGUUAUUGUCUUUGGUUUAGAUGGUUGAUCAGCGAGGAGUCACUCCAAGCGAGGACAGCAUUGGCGAUGCAUUGAAGCAAGCCGCCUCAGCUACUGGGGCUACACCUUUGACGAGUAUGGAAGGUAAGGGAGUGAUUUGAAUGUUUGCAAACUCGAACCGUUGUUAAGGUAAAGACAGGUUUCACUUUAUCUUGAAGGUUGGGAUGAUCCAGAAGACCAUCUUAAGUUUUGUAGAUAACUCACUGUGAAGUGUCCAGGAUUCUUUUAAGACAGAGUCACACGCGAGUCCAGGCGACCUCACGACCUUUGCUUCGUCGGUUUCCGCUUUUCUAAAGCUUACCGUUCCAUGUAGGUUUCGUAGCCACUAAUUUAUACCCCUUGGGUCUGGAUGCUUGCAAGGCUUUUUGGUCAAGGAAACUACCUUAUGUAAACACUCACCCCUCAGCACUUCAUCACUCCCAACCCUUCUCCCGCCUCGUGGGGGUGGGUGGAGUGGGGGUGUGAAAAGAGCGUCCCCCCUCCCUCCCCACUCUUUGAGAGCGCUCUGGCUAUAGAUGACGCCAUUUUCGCCUCCUUCCCUCAGAUCUUACCAAAGCCGCCAAGGAAAAUCGCAAACUCCAUGGAGCAUACCGAAAAGAGGUUAAGAAAGAAGUAAAGACAAGGCUCGAAAAGGACUCUGAUUACCGUCCUGAUAGGUUCCCACAAACAAGAGACUAUUUCGACAGGGACACUCCAUGAAGUUGAUACAUAAUGUACUGCGAUGAGAGCCCUGGACAACUAGCUGUACAUAAGAAAUACAGGCUCGGGAAAUGUGCCAGCGUACUUAGUCCCCUCACUGUGUUGUUUACGGGGAGUCCUAGUGUUGCACGUCUCCAUAAAAACGACUGUGGAAAUUGAAAAACAAAAUAAUAUGACGGUUCGUGCUCUUCAUAGCCAACCAGAUGGACUUUCAAUUUUGCGAAGACAUGAGAUUCGUUUUAGCAAAUAGCAGACUCUUGCACUGGUCCCGAGUCGACCUGUUAGUUUAUUUUCUCUUUUCUCCUUUUAGUCCCAUAUGCGGUUAGGGGAUUUCCUAAAUUGUAAAGGGGAAUUUUUUUUAUUUCAUAUGACAGAUUUCUCGCGCGUUUUGUGUCGUUUGUAGACAGUAAAUUCUCGUCACACGAACAGAUUUUUUUGAGACCUUUUUUGAUU